ACCCGAAGCCUUAAUAAAACAUUGUCAAGAGUCAUGUGAUGUGUCACUGUUACUCCUCCCCUAGCAACGGCCAGAGCGUUCCUAGCAACGAGACCUUAGCUAGUGUUGGGAUGUGUUGUCGGAUUGAGACUGGGAGUGGAUUGGUGAUCGUGUGUUAUAGCCGAUGAUCAACCAUGGCAGACUUGGUAUCAUGUACAGCAACAGAGCUCUACAACAUUCUGAACCAAUCUACUAAGUCUUCGAAGCUAGCCGAACCAAAUUAUCUAUGUCUUCUGGAUGCACGUACCAAGCGGGAGUACAACGAGAGUCACAUUAUUACUGCAAGGAGAGCUAAGCAGAAUGAAGACUCAUGUUUCCUGUUGCCGGAGUCUAUAGAGUUGGACUGCAUGAAGUACUGUGUGGUAUAUGAUAGUCGGACUGAUUCGUUGGAUGGUGAAGGUCCAGCUAUACAGUGUGCCCAGGUCAUGUCAAAAGUCACUCGUCUACCAGUGAUGGUGCUGAAAGGGGGGUAUGAAGAAUUUUCUGCUUAUUACCAUUUCUUCAGGUCUCAGAAAGUGUUUUGGAUGCCCCAGGAAAUUGACGAGCUUCAGCCUUACCCCAUUGAAAUCAUACCAGGUUUGUUAUACAUGGGUGAUGUACGGCAAGCAAAUGACAGACACAUACAGAAGGAUCUGAAGAUUAAAUCUCAUGUUAACGUCUCACUAAAGCCUACAAAUCUUUUUUUGCCGAGUGGACAAGUCUUACAAAUUCCAGAGCCGGAUUUAUGCGAUUCAGAUCUUCUCCAAUUUUUUCCAAGUGCUUGUCAAUUUAUAGAUGCUCACAUGGCAACAAACUGCGCAGUUCUUGUCUUUUCCACGUUGGGGAUCAGCCGCAGCAGUGCUGUGUUAAUCGCCUACAUCAUCCAUUCCAGAAGAUGCCCGCUCCAGGAAGCUUGGAAUCACGUUCUUAAAUGUAAAACCAAUAUGAGGCCGAACAGAGGAUUUGUACAGCAGCUGUCUGAAUGGGAAAAGACUGUUUUAGGGCACCGGCUUACUGACAUAUCUGAUCCGAAGUUUUAAUGAUUUCACCAUUACCAAUUAUGGCAGGAACUACUGUUGUUUUUUUCUAAAUUACCUUUUUUUGUACGGUUCCAUCAGACUCGAGUAAUAUACUGUAUAAGGCACCUUUCCUACUACAUAUAAGUGAUCCAUUUCAUGUAUGUGUUAGAAACCUCCUGGUGUGAAUACGUCAAAUGGAUCAACCCCAUUCACGGGUCAGAGGCCCUUUUGGCUUCCAUUGAUACAUGGUGGUUGCUUUGUUUUGUGGGGUGGCAUGGGCAGCAGACUAUGGGUGACAGAUGCCACGUAGGCAUCUAGCUCUACAAUUUAUACUAUGGCUAAAGGAUAAUCAUCACUCACAUCAAACCUUAGAUUUACUUGAAAAGAUUCCUUGCUUUCCUCAAAUGAAAUGCAAUCCUGUUUUGGCAGAAAACGUGAACCGUUCAGACAAGUGAAGCUCUUGUUGGCCACUUUUUGUAGUAUGUGGAGAUGUUGGAAUCGGGGGAGGCCUCCGAUUGCAUGGCACUCUGUGCAAGAGGUCUUUUUGCCACCUUGCCCACGCCUCCGUGAC